CUCGCUUGGCUCGCUCAUCUCGCUCACCUUGCUCACCCUGAUUGCUUCACUUUGGCAGCGUGGGCAUAUUGCAUUUUGUGAGAGCACACACGUGCGUCGUCCCCUGAGCAUCUAGUUCUCUUGGCAGGCCCCCAGGCCCCCAGGCCCCCAGGCCCGCGGCUGCUCGCUGCGGCUCGGGGAUGAAACACUAACAAUGGUACCGUGCGUCUCCAGGGAUCUGUGCGCCACGAGACGUCAAUGACGACCCCUCUCCCGCGGGAAUGGCCUUUCACUUGCACACGAUAACGUUCUGCACCCACUGAGUGCUAUUUUUCACAUGCCAUCGCUGCCAGUAUUGUUUGUUUCUCCUGUACCACUUUCUCUCGUGCACGGCUGUCGUCAAUCAAGGGAAUUCCCAUCGAGCGUCAGGUUCCUAGCAGAGAGCCCUGCUGCGGAUCUGCUCCCCGCAGUCGUCCCUCUCCAUCUCUCCCUCACCCUGUCUCAACCUCUACUACAAACCGGCACGCCGAUUGGCACGCCCUGACGAGCCCAAGAUGUUGUCUGCAUUAUGUGCCCUGGCCGGGGCCGUCUUAGCAUAUGCUGCCCUGUCCUGUUUCAAUGGCCUGCGCUCUCGCAUCGCAGCUGCCAGGCGGUCAGGACUGCCAUAUGUGGUCACCCCCAUAUCGCCCUUCAGCCAUUACUGGUUGUUGACGUUCAAGAUAUUGACGCCCCUGAUCAAGACCCUGCCCAAGUCAUGGUGGGAGAGCUGGAUAGAUAUCAUGCAACCUGACUGGGCAUAUCGCCUACUCCGUGAGCCCUGGGACCGGCUCGGCGAUAGCUUUCUAUUGGUCUCGCCAUUCAAAACCAUCAUGUGGACAUCCAGCGCAGAAGCCAUCCAUCAGAUAACAGCUCGGCGCGAGGCCUUCCCCAAAGAUACCUCGGCCUACGAGAUCCUGGCCAUCUUUGGGCGGAACAUGCUCACCACCGAGGGUGCUGAGUGGAAAAUGCACCGCAAGGGGGUGUCGCCCAGCUUCAACGAGCGAAAUGCUGCCUAUAUCUUUGGCGAGUCAAUCCAUCAGACUCAAGGGAUGAUAUCGCAAUGGAUGGGAGAUGAUGCUGAAACCAGGCAGAGGACCACCAGUGCAACCAUCAACACUGUUGAACACGACACUAUGACCCUCGCACUGAACAUCAUAGCCCAUGUCGGGUUUGGGCUGAGGUUCUUUUGGCCGGGCCAGAAGAUGCCGGAUGACCUGAGUGUCCAAAACAAGAAGUACGCGAGUUUUGAGCCUCCAAAGGGCCACUCUUUGACCUUUGUGGACUCAUUGGCCACGGUCCUCGAACGGAUCCUUGUGCUCCUGCUCACGCCCCAGUGGCUCCUGAAAUAUCUUCCAUUCAAGGCAACCCAAGAGGCGCUGGUCGCUCGCAACAAUUACGCCAAGUACAUGCAAGAAUUCCUAGAAGACAAGAUCGAGGAAGCUCACAGGGGCGCCAGCAGUGAUGGUAUGGACAUUAUGGGCCAGCUGGUGCGAGCCACCUAUGGUGAUAAGGGCAAGCACCAGAAGACGGGCGAGCAACCUAAGAUGACAGACGAGAUGAUCAAGGGCAACGCCUUCAUAAUCAUCGUCGCCGGCCACGAGACGACAGCCAACACCCUGCAUUUCACCCUCUGCGAACUUGCCAACAACCCAGCGGCACAGCGUGCGCUGCAGGCCGACGUGGACCGCCUCUUCGGGCGCGACAGCGACCCGUCGACGUGGAACUACGAGAAGGACAUCAACGCCCUGUGCGCCUCGAACGUCGCGGCGUGCAUGAACGAGGCAUUGCGGCUCAUCCCGUCGGUUGUGGAUAUCCCGAAGCACGUCAGCCCCGGCCAGGAACAGGCGAUCACUCUCGAUGGCGACAAACACGUGCUUCCAGGAAACACCAUGAUCAUUCUCAAUACGGUCGGCGUGCACCGGAAUCCAAAAUACUGGCCGACGAAGCAGAAGAGUGGGGCCUCGGGGGAACCGAAUGAUCUGGACGAGUUCCUCCCGGAGCGUUGGUACCGCCCCUCGCUGACCAAGGCGGCCGAGGCGCAAGAAGACGAGGAGACGGAGGACUUUGGCGGGUUCAAGGGCCGCGACACUAGCGAGCAAUUGUUCAGACCAGUGCGGGGCUCCUUCAUCCCGUUCAGCGACGGUGCCCGCUCUUGCCUAGGGCGACGGAUCGCGCAGGUCGAGAUGCUGGCUGCGCUCGCCGUGCUUUUUCAAAAGUACAGCAUUGAGCUUGCGGUUGACGAGUGGGCGUCGGAUGACGAGGUCGCCGGCAUGGGGCUAGAAGAACGGAAGAAAGUAUACGAAAAGGCAAGAGCCAAGUCCAGGGAAACCAUCAGGCAGGCGACUUCGAUACUGACGCUCAAGUUGCACGGGAAACUCAGGGUUCCUGUCCGGUUGGUGAAGAGAGGGGAGGAGAGGUUUGUGAGUGCGGUGGACGUCUGAUGGAUGUAACAACAUGGCUACGCGUCGUCAAACUUGGACGCGACAUUGGGCACAGAUGUAGUAUCCAUCCAGUCUGGAGACUCUGUAGUAUAUCCAGGUAUCUAUAUGGAGUCUGACUGAUACUCGAUGGCAGAAGCGGUGCGGUUUGCAUCAUGUUGUUGGCCGAGUCGACAGUCAGGUGGGAGGUCUUCACAAGUACAUGCGCGAACUGGGCACCUUCGUAUGUAUUUCCAACAAAGGGCUCCCGAUCCUUGCGGAAUGACACCAUCAAAAUGGGAUCGACCGACAAUGAUUUGCUAACCGGUGCGCGAGCAAAUUGCC